AUGUUACAUUAUUCUCUGAAUACUUUUAUAAAACCUUUGUAUGCCUCUGACAGGGUGAGGAUAGGGUAUGGAGGAGGAGACAUCACACAGUCACUACACUGGCUGCUACAGAAGUGUGCCUUUCCUUACAAGGGCUGUGACCCAGGCAACAACUCCCUGGACGCGUUGCUGCUGCAGAACCUUAAACAUGACUCUUGUCACAUCAACCUCGACGUUUGUGGUUGUACAGAAAGACAGUUCCUCAUCCAGCAGCCAAAGCUCACUUGCAUUUCUUACACAAUACAGAUGGCAGAUGAAUGUCUGAUUGCUCCUCUUGGUUUCUUCUCUCCAGAACUGCUAGGAGUGACAGGAGUAAAGUCGGUGGUGACACAGGAGCGUUCUACCGGAGACCCUCAGGACCCUCAUGAUGCAGACUAUCUCCGGGAAACCAGUAGGCGAGGUGCAAAAGAAGUGUUGGAGCCGACACCAGAAGGAGUAAACCCUGAGAGUGGAGGUGGAGGGGGAGGGGAGGAGGAUAUAGUUGUGGAUGCUAUGUUAGAGAGUCAGCCUGGAGUAGCACCACAGCCUACUGAGUUUGUCCUUAGUCCUGGACAGCUGCUGGGCCUCGAUCAAGCGAUUCUACAGUCUAUUGACAGAUGUGGAUCAGACGAUUUAAAAAGGAAGAUGUAUUCGUCUAUUUUAAUUGUUGGAGGAGGGAUGAAGUUUCAAGGCAUCAGUACUUGGUUGCAGAAUAGAAUCGCUUUACAAAUACCU